UCUUUCAGUUCAGUGACUCUUUGGUAACCUCAGUGCAUUUGUCUGAGUGAUACCAGUGAUCGAUUAUGUGCGUCUGAAACAUGUUUUUAGCGAGUAAAAGAAUACUCAUUGAUUGAAACACAUAAUCCCAUGAAACCACAGAUUAGUAUCGUAAUUUUCAUAGCUGUUAGUUGGGGGAAACCGGUUAUAUGCACAUUUCCUCCAUAUUUUCAUUGGGAAACCGUUUAUACGCAUAUUUCCUCCAUAUCUUUAUGGGGAAAACGGUUAUAUACAUAUUUCCUCCAUUUUUUCAUGGGGAACCGGUUAUAUGCAUAUUUCCUCUAUAUUUCGUGGGAAACCGGUUAUAUGCAUAUUUGCUCCAUAUCUUUAUGAGGAAAACGGUUAUACGCAUAUUUCCUCCAUAUUUUCAUGAGGAACCGAUUAUACGUAUAUUUCCUCCAAAUUUUCAUUUGGGAACCGGUUAUAUGCACAUUUCCUCCAUAUUUUCAUGGGGAAACCGGUUAUAUGCAUAUUUCCUCCAUAUUUCCCACAUAUAAACCAAUUUCCCGGUGGAACUUUGUCUGUCGAUGGGUUGUGACAAAACAGGUUUAUUACAAAACGGUGGAAACCAGAGAUGUUUUUUGUUAUUAACUAGUAUAAAUAUGUAUUAAACUGGAGUGACGUUUCAAUGUGCCGUUGCAAAGAAUUCAAUUCGACUUUACUACUAAUGCACCAAAAGCUUCUUCAGUUCAGGUUGCGUAAAGCUAAGGUGAUCGAAGGUUUGACCUGGUUAGAGAAGCUGAAACUUUAUAGAGAAUGAGGGUCAUCACAAGAAAAAUACAUCCAAUCUUCAUGACAAAAUGCAUCAGAGCAACACUAAAGAAGCAAAAUUAUUUUUCUCAAAGCUGUCAAUAUUUCUCACAGAAAGCUGAUGGUUUUGUUCAAUUAAGAAAGGAAGAAUUUCACGUCAAUCCUGGAUUUGGAACCUUUCGUACCACAGGCAAUGUUGGCUGCAUCAUAAAACCUGCCAAUCCUCAUGAAUAUCCAGAUGCUGACAGAGCUCUCGUUUAUGUUUAUGGAGAUUCAGCUGCAUCAAGCAAAGACGUUAAUAUUGAACUUACAGGAGAAUCGAAAGAUGUCCUGACGAUAAAUGCCUUCCCUGAGUCCCAUGCAAUGUAUUGUGAAGUCCACCUCCCAAUUAAAUAUGAUCUGAAAAUAAAACUUUUUAAUGAUGCUGGUGUACACAUCUAUGGAAUGGAAGGGGAUGAAGUAAACAUUAAUACAUUUAAUGGCAAUAUUAACACAAAGGGACUCAAAAGUCAUAAUAUUCAUAUAACCACUAAGAUGGGAUCCAUCAUUGCCGAUGGGACACUACAAGGAAACCUUUUUGUAAAUGCAAAGAAUACUAGUAUUACUGCUAAGAGACUUCAGGGAAUGGCUAUGUCCAUAGAUGCAGAGGAACUCGAAACGACUAUUGAUUCUUCAUAUAUAACACAAGGGGAAAUCACUGCACACCGUGGUAAUAUUUGUCUUAAGAAUCUUCAUGGAUGUACUGAUCUGGUGUUAAGGAAAGGCAAUGUUUCUAUAAGUGGGCUUCAUGGCCAGAUAGCUGGAUUUGUCGGCAAAGGCAACAUGAAUGUGCAGGUUACCGAAGUCACAAGUAAUUCCACUCUUCAUGUAAACGAAGGCAAUAUGAGCAUUUCCAUCCUGGAGGACCCAAGGCAUAAUCUGGAAGUAACUGCACCAUCACUGGAGAUAGCAGAUGAAGUGUUGACCAAGGGUUCUUUGUGCGCCGAUACAAAACAGACUUUCACCAUAAAAAGAAACGAAGAUCCAGAAGGUAAUACUCUGAUAGCUACUGUUCUUAAAGGUGUAGCAUACUUGAAAAUUCAGGAUUGGUUUUCAGGUUUGGGUAUAAAAUCAGCCUGUAGUGAUUAGCAGUGAGAGUAUUUGAAAUUUGGUGUACAGUAGUCAGUGUACAGCUGUUACAUGGCCUAGGUAUAGCUUAAACAUGGGCAAAAUGUAAGGCAUUUGUUAUUUAUUUUGUGAAUGUAUAAUUAAUCGUGUUGUAUAUAGUUAUUUUCUUUUUAGAGAGGGGUUUGAAGAGUUGUCUUUAUUCUGUUUAAUGUAUGUUAUAAUAGAUAUUUCAUAAUUUUUUCAGCCUGGUUAUUUGGUUGAAAACAUAUUUCAAAGUACAUACUGUAUAGCUUUCAUAAGGACUCAAAGAUGAUAAAUCUUGUACUAAUUACCAAAGUGUAGCAUUUCUUUCAGGGUGAUGCUGCUACUCUAUCAUAAUGUUUUCAUAGAAACUAGUCAUAUUUUGAAAAUGCUUUCUUUUGGUAAAGGUACUAUUUACAACAAAAACUUCUAGUACAGAUGAUCUUUUACUUUUCUUCAAAGUAUUGUAAUUAAAUGUGUGAUACCACCUAGUGCAAAGUGAAUUGCACCAACUAUGGUAUUAAAAGCUAUUUGGAACAUUACUUUCAGCCUCGGGUACAUAACUUUCUGCCAUUUGUGUUUGAUCCAUUCCCUUCAGUCUUGUCCAACUUGGCUCUCGAAUGAGGAACUAGUCAAGAACAAGGCAAGUCGCUAUGAAUCUCUAUGUCAAUAGUGGCAUUAUAAUCUAGUUUAUAAAAUUACUAACAGCAGUUGACAACAUUUUAGUAUGGGUUUUCAUAUAAUUGUAGGUAAUUCAAAUCAGUUUGUAAUGUUGUCACUGAUGAUUAAGUUCAGUACCUAUGAUUUCUAUAUACUACAAUAUACAGCACACAUGAAAGUCCUAGCUUUCCAGUUUUCCAAGGGUCUAUGCUCCAAAGCAUUUGGUUUUGGUGGGUAGCUCAUUUCUUUUUUUCACCAAAGAGUGCUCUGAAGAAUAUGUCCAGGAAAACAAAAUGAAUUAAGGCUAUUUUCACAAGUUGCAGAUCCUCAUGAACCUGUAAUGUAUAGAUUUAUCUCAGUAGAGUUUGCAGCUAUGGAAUCGGGAACACUUCUCUUUCAUGAAAUAAAUUGUAAUCCUAUGAACUUGCAAUGUGUGGAUGAAUUUGCAAUGUAUUAUUUAUUUUUAGAGUUUGCAGCUAUGGAAUUAGCACCACUUUAGUUUCAAAUAUGUGCUUCUUUCAUUUUGAAUGCUGACAACCCCAAGACUUUCUGUGGUUGGCUUGUUUUCAUGCUGAUCUUUGUAUAUUUUCUUGUACAAGCAUGGUAUGUGACAUUUUGUUGUAAAACCGGGGAGGAGCUUGACUGCUGUUUUGUUCCCUCUUGUUCAGUUCCAAGCAGAAGGUACUGUUCUGCCAACCCUUAACAUGCACAUAUGUUGGGUGGUUUUUCUUAUGCAUCUGGAUAACGGUUUUUAUUGUUGUAAGUGAUAAUUUACUGUUGAAGUGGCUGUUGCGGGUGAUCAUGGAAAUUUAUGCAAUGUGACUAAUUUUGUAUUUUUUUAUGAAAAAUUGUUUUAAGAAAGAAACUGACAAGAACUAUUAUCAAAUAGUCUUUUAAGUAGUGUCCAGAAAAUGGGUGUAAACUUUUCCUUACACAUGGGUGUAAACUUUUCCUUACACAUGGGUGCUGUGAGCAUUGAUUACAUGGGAAAGCAUUGAUAUUUGUUGAAUUAAUUCUGUGGGCAUUGAAUCAAUGUGACAGGGACCUAAGUUAUUAAAAUUUUAACGGACAUAUAUAUGGUAUUUUAUAUAUUUAUUUUGUAAUAUCAGUUUUCACCUCAUAUUUAAGAAUAUAAAUUUUUAUUCUCUUUGGUAGAAAGAGCUAGGGUCCUCUGAGAAACUCAUGCCAACAUUAUGUACUAACUAUAUAGUAUUCCACAGACAAUGAGUAUUGCCAGUAGUGAGCAGCUAACAUCAGUCGUAAUGAUUUGGUAUCAAUGACAAAAUGUAGUAGUUAGAAAAAUGGAGUUUGGUGGAUGAAUUACUCGAAUAAAGUGUCAGGCUGGCAGCCACACUCCAUCUGCCUGUGAUUGUCCGACAGCCUCAAAAAGAUUAACAUGUAAUUAAAAUUAUGGCUAAGGAAGAUGUAACCAAAGGGCAGCAAGAUGUUGCUGUUGACAUUCAUGGGGCCAUUAUUCAACAUUAUUUUGUCUGUCCCAUAGCAAUUGAACAGUGCCAGAAGAUUACAUCCUUGAGUAGAGCUACAGAUUCUUGACUUUCAGGACAUUUUUCAGUGCUUUUAUUUAUAUUUCAUUGUGCUUUUAGUGAUCAAAUGUAUUUCACGAGUUAUGUAAUCUGUAAAAAAGUUU